AUGCGUGUGGUGGAAAGAAUCGGCGCCCGGGUCGGUCCGCGCGAAGGCGACAGCAAGCGGGUCGCCGCGCCCGCACCCGUGGUCAUCGAGCGCGAGAAGACAUGCCCAUGCCUCAUCCGCGUCUUCUGCAAUGCGACGCACAACCGGGCGGAAGCGUACAAUGCCAUGCACGAGACGCCUCUUCCGAACGAGCUGCACAUCUACACGUGGAUGGAUGCGACACUGGGCGAAGUCGCUGGCCUCGUGCGUGAUGCGAGCGAAGAGGCGCGAAAGCACUCGCGCCUCGCUUUUUCAAUUGUGCUGCCCGACCGCCGCGGCAAGUACUUGCUCAAGAAGGCCGGCGUCGUGACCAACCGCAAGUCGUCGCCGGACGAGGACAAGACGCUUGCUAGCUAUGGCUUUCAGAAUGGCGACUUUCCCGACGUCGCGCUUGUCAAUUAA